CAGCUUCACGUGCGAUGGCGACGCGCGUGCAGUUUGAGAACAACAAUGAGGUCGGAGUGUUUGCUCGCCUCACAAACUCCUACUGUCUGGUUGGAAUCGGCGGGAGCGAGAACUUUUACAGCGUGUUUGAAUCAGAGCUUGCGGAUCACGUCCCAGUGAUCCAUGCCAGUAUAGCAGGAUGUCGGAUUAUUGGCAGGUUAUGUGUCGGGAACAGCAAGGGGUUGCUUCUUCCCAAUACAACAACAGAUCAAGAGAUGUUGCAUAUCCGCAACUCUCUUCCUGAUAGUGUCGUUGUACAGAGAAUUGAAGAGCGGCUUUCGGCGUUGGGGAACUGUAUUUGUACGAACGAUUAUGUUGCACUUACUCACACUGAUCUUGAUAGGGAAACAGAAGAAAUCGUUGCUGAUGUUCUCGGAGUCGAAGUUUUCCGACAAACCAUUGCUGGGAACGUUCUUGUGGGAUCUUAUUGCUGCUUAACAAAUCAGGGAGGAAUGGUGCAUCCACGGACCUCAGUCGAGGACCAGGACGAGUUGUCAUCCUUGCUUCAGGUUCCUAUUGUAGCAGGAACUGUCAACAGAGGAAGCGAUGUCAUUGCUGCCGGCCUCUGCGUCAACGACUGGUCCGCCUUCUGUGGGCUGGACACGACCUCGACAGAGAUCUCCGUCAUCGAGAGCAUCUUCAAGCUGAGAAACGCGCAGCCAAGCCGAAUCGUCACAGAGAUGCGAAGCUCGCUCAUCGACGCCAUGCAAUCAUAAUCUCCCACUCUCAUCCC